GCACAACUUCCAAGUACUACUAAUUUACCUCAGGCGGUGAAUUUAAUUCGGCGAAGGAAAAUGUUCAGCAAAUCAGUUAUUCAUCAUAAGGGUGGUACAGGAAUCUUUCAUUUUCUUUACAAACAGAAUAUAUUUGUAUCUGAGCAGGUUUAUAGACAACACGGCCCCAGUGUAUAGAAACAAGACUGUAGCUAGCUAAAUUAGCAUCAACACGACGCUAGCUGUUUACAUUAAUGCCAAAAUUGAGCUUAUAACUGGCUGUACACGCUAACUGAACAGAGGAAAUAGUUACUAAGCUGUUUUGGUUUUAUGUUUUCUUUGUUUAAAAAAAAAAGGGUCGUAAAAGUGCUUUUGUGCUGUUAAGUUAGCAGGUUAUUUGAAGGUUCGUGCGCGAGCUGUGGCACGAGCUUCAAUCAAGACAUGCAGCAAUCAAACGGAGGUCCACGUAUAAAGCUGAACCGAAAUGCGUUCAAGCUUGAGCAAGGCUUGGUGCCGAAAAAACGACGCCUUACAAGGUUGUCGGUGUCGGGCUGCAACGAUUCGGUUGCUAGUGUGCACGCUACCGAUUCAAAGGAAUCGGCAGCAAGUUCUGGAUCUGUGCCACAUGAACCCGCCUCACCAGGACCGCAGGACGCGCAUCAACAAGAACCGUCACGCGUUACAUGUUAUAAACAAGGGCUUCCGAUGUCCUAUACGUCGGAGCCGCGUCGGGCUACAUGCACGCUCGCGGACUGCAAUAGAAAUAAUAACAAUAAUACGUUGCGGCGCAAACAAAUCCGCUGUCACGUGCAUUUAGCGUUACGUUUUUGCGGCAGUGAGAAAUCCGCGAAGAUCUCAGAGGGCCAACAGAGGGUGUCGUACACCGUGUCGCGUUACGUGAACCGAGUCAACACGUCCAGCUCGAGCGAGGACGUGAUCGAGCCGAAUGCAGGAUCCGAGGGAAAGUCGGUAGCUAAUCAGGGUGUGAGUAGGUCUGGGGUUAAUACGGAAGAAACACGACUAGGGGCUCCUGUGAAGAAAGAUGGACAAGCUGCUUGUCUUAGAUCAAAUUUUAAUAGGAAAGCUGGGCUGAGGAAACACUUUGGUUCAAUCUCAAGACUUGGUUCAGGGAGACAAGUCAAACGAUCUGUUAAAAACGCAUGCUGUGCCUUGUGCGGUGAUGUAAAGUAUACCCCUCCCGCUCCUAAAAAACUAGCUCACGCUUGUAAAGCUGGAUCAAGGCACCCGAGCCAGCCAAGAAGGCUGGAACAGUCCGUUGUUUACCCUGUGGCACAGGCUAAGAUGACAACCAGGCUGAUUAUCUGGUUCAGGAGGCACCUCAAUGUGAAACUCUGUGAUAUAGCCCAUGUGUUUGACGUGACCUCGCGUGACUUCUCGUGCAUUUUGCCAGCGGUGCUGCUUCAAAAGAUGAAGCACAAAAAAGUAAAAUGCUUCAGCAAAGAAUUCAGAUCGCUGAUGCGCCUUGAUUCUCAAGGCAGUGGGAACUGUGGGAAGUGGAUUGGCAACCAAUCCUGGGAGGUGUGUACUACAACCAAUAGUUGUGCUUCUCUCUCAUCAGGUAAUCAAGUUUUGGGAUUUUCUGUUGGUGAUUGGAAAUUGGACGUAGCAGAAGAUAUUGAGGGGUUGUCUGAGUCUUCGAAUAAGAACGCUCUGAGGAUGCCAGACUGUGAGAGAAUUAGACUGUCCCCUGCUGUGGGGACUGCAUGCGUACUCUUAAAACCUGGGGCAGCUCAGCAUUGCAUUGAGACUGCUGAUUAUGGGGCAGAAGGUUCAAGGAUGGCCUCUGAAGUUCAAGAGGACAAAACUGCACCAGUACACCGUGUACCCCCUUUGUUUCUACGGCGUGUUCAUGCCUGCAAUGGUAUUAGUUCUUCUCAAAACCUUCAACAUGUGGAUUUAUCUGACAAGUAUAUAGUUAGUGAGACAGACACAAGUGACAGAUGUCUAGUGGAAAAUGGAUUGAAUGCAAGGCCAGAGGGUGAUGAUGACUGUCCUGAUUGUUUCUCCUGCCAGAGAACUACUGCUUAUGUAGCAAAGCCCCAGUUUUCCUGUGCACGCACUUACAGGUCUUGGCCAUUUCCCAGAAAUGGACAUUCUUGCAAAAUGAUGCCAUUGGUCCGUACUGGCCCUCGAUGGAUUGUGAACACAGACGCUUCAGAAGGCACAAAUUAUGUGAUCGAUAACAUGCAAGUAGGUUUCAUAACAACUUCUGAAUACAGUGUUGAGAAGAACAUGAAAGAAAGUGUUAUAGGUUUUGAACCACAUGAUGGGAGUGUUCUGGUUCAAAAUAGUCAAGUGCUAGUACAACCCACAACGCAGUUUGACCAGGUGUUUGACUCUGCAACUCCUAAGGAGACUUCAAAAGAUCAAUCAGAAGGCCAUAAAAAUCCAGUAAAAGAUUUAACAUCAGUUAGUACUGAUGGAGAAUGCACCAAACACAACUGCACUGUAUUUCAGCAGGACCCAUCUAGUCUUGGUUCUGUACAUGUCAGUGAUUCUCAGCCUGUGGAAGUCAUGAACACGAACACGUUAAUGGUGAGUCCUGUUGCGUCGAUCAGUACUAUGGAUAUCAAAUCUGUUGAUCUUGCCGAUUCCUCCAUAAAUAGGGCACAGAGCUCCAUGUCAAGUGGGUGUCUUGAGGAUAAUGAGAAUGGAACAGAGAAUCCCCUUCCAGACCUCCAACAAAGUGCUUUUCAAACUUCACAUAUUCAGCAUUCCAGAGAAGAACCACAGACCCCCACUGUGAUGGUACACUACAGUGUGGAACCAAAACCCCCUUCCACAAUAAUGUCUCAAUCCAACGAGGAGCAGAUUUGUGAUCCUGACAUUGAGAAUAGAAGUCCCUGCAGCCUGAAUAUUUUGUACACCAACACUACUGAGGAAAGCACUUCUUCCAGAACAUGCACUGGAAGCAGUACCCAGGACACACCCUUCAAAUCCCCGACAAACAGAGAUUUCCUUUCCUCUAGUGACAAAGAUUUCCGUAGCAUGUGCCCUGCUGAAAGAUCUGAGGAAGGUGCCACAGAAUGUUCACUGCUACAAGAUGAGAUGCGCAAGAUUGACAAGGCUAACAGAAGUCCUUCACCUCCCCCUAUUCCAGAAGGCUCAGUGGUUACCGGUAAUGACCUGGAUGUUAUGCGAGCUUAUGAGGACGAUGCCAUUGUGCUCGAUGUAAUUCAAGAUGACCCAGAUCUCUUUGGGGACAUCGCUAUGAGUUCGGUAGGAACGGCCUCAAAAGCCAAUCCAGCUGCGCUUCAGAGAGGAAAGAACACGUGCAUGCAGACUGACAAGACAAGCUUGGUCAGAAGACCAGGAAGGAUCGUCUGGGGCUUGGAGACAAAAAGGAAAACUGUCCAGACUGGUGGUGAUGUCCAUGUGGAGAAUAAUGAUGAUUUUUGCCGAGCAGGAGAGGUGGACAAACUGGCUAUGAGCUCCAAAAGUCAGCUUACGUAUGGUACAGAUUGUGCACCACUUACCCCAGUAGUCCAGAAAGAACAGAUGGUUCCAGAUUUUAAUAAUAACCUAAAUAAUAUACAAACUGCUGAUCUGUAUGUCAAUACAGUGAAUCCUGGAUGGACGUGGCCGGAGGGCGAUGCACACAACAAUGUUCAUACUACCUCAGGGAAAGAUAUCAACAUUGUGAGACCAUCGCUACCUUCUUAUUGCAGGUACUACUUCAGUGAACAUCACACAUGCUUAAGGAGUAUUUGCUGGUUCCUUCAUGCACCCAGGAAAGAUGAUGAAAAGUUUUGCAUGGAUAUUGUGCAGAAGUUCUGUUGUGUUGGAAAUCCUCCUUUGGUCCAGCGAGCAGCGGAGAUUUUUGUUUCUUAUUACCGGGCCAGUUCUCCUGCUGUGAGUUUUAGUGAGAAUGUUGUGAAACAGUUGCUCUCAUCUCUGCUGAGCUUGGCACUUCUUAAGGACCUGGUGGCGGUCAUCAACACACUCCUCACACACAAGAGAUUGCCCCCUCCUGAGCUUGUGAUGGCACUUUAUGAACAUGUUCGGGAAAGAGGAACAAUAAACUUUGUCCCUGAGCUCAUACAUCUCACGUCAAAGAUUACAGAGGCGGGGUGUGUGUUCAGUGUUGAACAGUGUGAGAUGAUGCAGCUUCAUCUCGAGUUUUUGCAUGUAGCCAGACAUCAAAUGGACGUUUUCUGUGCAGUAAAAUGCAGGGCACUGGCCACUAACCCACACACUGCUGAGCUGUCAGAAUUGGCCCAGGCUGUAGUCCAAGUGGAGCUUUGCAAGCAGCAAGAAGACUGGCACACUCUGGCACAUGUGUUCUGCACUGUGUGCGGUGGUCGUUACAGCGCAGGAGAGCUGUCGAGGUUCUGCUGCUGUGUCACCAUGGCACUGCUGAAAGACACUAAAGACAAACUGACUCUGCCUUAUGAACCAUUUGCUGAGUCAGUUUGGCAGGAAGUGCCAACAGAUGAGAUGAUUAAAAGCUUUCUGGGACGUGUAGGAGUCUCGCUGAUGUUUAACUAUUACAGAGCCCAAGACUGGACCAAGGGUUUGAAGCUAUUGUAUGUGAUGGAUAGGCUGCAGAUGGAAUUCACUGUGCUCAAAGGGCUCUUUAGUAGUGAAAACGGAGCAUCUCGCUGUCAGCUUAUAACCAUCGCAACAGAGCUCUUUAUUAACAAUGGCAGCAUAGAGGGAGCACUGAACUUGCUCAAAGCUAAUGAAUGGUUUGUGAGCUCAAGUGUGUGGCCAUGUGACCAGGCUGACCUACAGAACCGCAAGAGAGUACUGACUCUCCUCGCUGACAAGACAUCAUACAGAGACACACUGGAGGUCCUCACUAAUUUACCUGGGCUUAAACAGCCAAUAGAUGGUGUUCAGGCAAGUGAGUACAAUACCAUGUUUAACGCACACCUUCGAAGGUGUGUGAUGAGUCACGUGUUGCCGGUCGGUGCAGACACACUUGAAUUCAUGCUGACUCAGGGAAUCCAACUGGACACAACAGAACUUCAACAACUCAUUCACAAACUAGGCAAACAGAACAGCUGGAGCCGAGCCAGGACUCUGUUCAAACGUGCUUAUUCUGCUGGUUAUUACUCUGGGGUUGUGUGGGAGGAGGACAGCUUGGCUCUGCCCUGUUGUCUCACAGAGAUCGAGAUGACUCUGGCUUUUGAGAUGUUUGUUGCCUGUAUUUGUACAAGCUUUAAAAAUCCCAUUGACUCUUCUCGACCACUGAUCAUCACACUCAAAAGGCGCUCUGGCCAUGAGGUGGCAAUGGAGAGCGUGUAUUUGGCAGCUGGUUGCCGUCUGCUUUCAGCAGCAUUGAUACCGAACCCCAAGCUGAACAUUCGUUACACAGCUGCCAGUCAGGAGCAGGAGCAGCUUUUUAAUCUGGAUCGUGGCUCUGCAGCUAAAUGGUUCUCACACAACCGAAGCUGGGCUCGGGGAUUGUGGGAAAACUCGCACACACUCAAAAAAGCCGAAACAGCCUUUCAAUAAAUUUUGGUGUGCUAGAAUGAACAUUUCUAUUCACAGUCUCUGAAAGACCAUUCUAGGUAAAUUGCCAGAAUCUCAACUGACAAAGCAACUGUAAACUAUUGUUCUAACAGAAUGUUGUUCUUGGAUAUAGAAAAAGAAAUGGCUUAUUAAAGACAGACUGAGAUUUUGUGCUCUGGGAUAAAGGGCAUCUUUGGAUGCGUUCUUUCAGGGAGAUAGAAUUUAACUUUUUUUUUCUUGGCUCUGCCUUUUUUUUUAUUUUUACAUUUCUUUUGCAAUUCAUUGUCUUGUUUCUUAAUGUUUUGUGAUAGAAAACCACUUAGCAAAUGAGCCCCAACCCUACACAGUUUAUGAUGCAUAGGAAUGUAUCAGUUUUUUGGCACUUAUUUUGCUUCCGCUUGGAGUCAGAUUUAACAUUUCAAAUUUUUGUUGUUUGUUUUGUGUGCCAUACUUAUGCUAAUAGGAAAUCGCUCAUGUUAGAAAUGAUGGGAGACAAUUUUGACACUCGCACACAUACAUUUUCAAAGACAGGAGUUGCAGUUUGUUCUGUUUUCAAUCAUUGUUCUAGAUAUUUAAAAUUACUAAGUUGAAUAAUUCUUGUGCACGAGACAAAGACAAAGAGUUUAGAUUGGAGACAAUUUCAGCUAGUACACAAGAACUUACAGAAAGGUGAUUAUACUAAACAUAGUAAAUGUGUAAAUUAAUGUUAAUUUUUUUUAUUUAUAUAGACCAGUACAGUAUUCUAGGCAACGGUGAUCAGUAAUCCUGUAGCCUAACAUUCUGUACCUGAAGAAUAACUAGUUUCAUGACCAGUUAGUUACAGUUCAGCCUGCAUAACAUCACAAGGUGUGUACUAGACAUGAUGGUGAACGACAGUUUGACCCUUGAAGCACAGCGUAAAGUCAUCCACCAGCUUCAUAAGCUUGCGGUAAGGGAAUUGAAUGUUUUAACAUGGUCAUCCCAACUAUCUGGUUUUCAUUGUAUGUGCAAAUUAUGUGUUAAAAAUACAUUUAAGCACAAAAAUUUCACAUGUCAGAAAGAGCUGGAAAUUUGCCAGGCACUGGUGUUCAUUGUCUUCGACAUACCGCGGAUAAUGGGGAAAAAGGGAAAAAUAGGAUCACACAAUUUAUGCACUUGGUUCUUGUAUGGCAGCGGCGUCCAAUCUUAUCCACAAAGGGUGGAUCCGGUGUGGGUGCAGGUUUUUUAUACCAUCCAAGCAGAUGCCUCACCUGAUUCCACCGGUUUAAUCAGUUGUUCUUUUUCUUUUAGUAGACUCUGGUGUGGCUUCUGCUUGGUUGGAAUAAAAACCUGCACCCACAUCGGUCCUUUGUAGAUAAGAUUGGACACCGUUGUUGUAUGGUUUCUAAUCUGUUAAAAGACAAAAAAUAAUCUGGAACUUAAUAGAAGCAACAAGAAACAGAAUUUGAAACGCUUUGUGACAUUAAAGUUAAUUAAAAAAUCUUUUUUUUUUUCUUUUUCAUUUGCAUUUGCGUUUUUGAAUAAAGAAAGCACAAGCUGCUGGAGUUUAGAGAACAGAUGCA